AUGGGCGAUAAGAGCGCCAAUACCCUUGAAGAAGAUUCUAGCUCAGAUACGGAUCGAAUAGUUAGGAAUGAGAUCAGCUGCUACAGCAGAUCCUGCAAAGAUCUGCUCAAUAGAAACGAACUUUUGCCCUGUACAAAAUGUAGAAAGUGCUAUCACGCCAAGUGCUGUGAUCCACCAAUAAGCUAUUUAAAUGCAGCCAGAUAUCAGUGGUUUUGUAACCGUUGCAAGAUUUGUGCGGGAUGUGACGACAAUUCUAGCAAACGUGACCAUACAAUGCUAAUUUGCGACGCCUGUGACAGGUCAUUUCACAUGGAGUGUACAAAGGAAAAGUACUCUGAAGUUCCCAAAGGUGCAUGGUUUUGUGAUGACUGUUCCAUCUGUCAAAUAUGUGACAUUAAACUCACUGAAAGGGAGUCCAAUAAUCCUACAAACUACUCUCUUGAGGGAAAUAAGUUGUGUACAGUAUGCCUCUUCAAAAAGGGUCUAGCGCAAGGAUUUACCCUGACCCAAAACGAUGGUGAAGACUGUUGUUGUGUCUGCUCAAAAUCCACGAGUAUGGCCGCAACCGCAGGAGAUAGUAGAGUUACCUGUGCAAGGUGUAAACAGGGAGCCCAUACACGAUGCUCACAGCGCCAAAUCAGGAAACCUGUUUUGCACAUUUACGAAAUAGCAACUUGGAUAUGCAGCAACUGCGCCAAAAUACACACAAAGACAUGA